AUGGCCCCUUCCACUUCCCCACUCCCAUCCACCCGCGCCACAUCACCCACCUCCUCUGCAGAGGAGCGCGAGUCCGGCAGUACCUCCUCUGGUGGCGCUACCACACCAGAGUCCGGCUCAUCUCCUGCGGUGGAAAAGACUCGUUCAGAAGCAGGCGAGUACCACAAGGACUUCCCUCCUCUGCCCGAGGAGCUCAAAGUCGAGCCUCUCCCAAUCGACGCCGGUACACCCGAUGCUUGGGUGCCCCGUGAUGAGCGCAUGGUCCGCCUCACCGGCAAGCACCCAUACAACUGCGAAGCUCCCCUCGCCGACCUCUGGAAUGCCGGUUGGCUCACACCGCAGCCGCUCUUCUACGUCCGUACCCACGGUGCUACUCCUCACGUCACAGCACAAGAGGCUAAAGAAUGGAAGGUGAAAGUCACAGGUCUUGUCAAGAGGCCGAUGGAAUUCACCAUCGAUGACCUGAAGCGUCUCUUCCCCACCGUGUCGGUGCCCAUCACAUUGGUGUGCGCCGGAAACCGACGUAAAGAGCAGAACAUGGUCGCCAAGGGUCUGGGAUUCAAUUGGGGCUCGGCAGGAGUCUCCAACGGUAUCUUCACCGGUGUCUACCUAGCCGACGUCCUCGACUACUGCAAGCCCAUUCGGCCCAUCGGCGCUUUCCCCUACGACCGCGACGUGCCAGGUCGAGCACGCCAUGUGUCCUUUGAGGGCGCGGACGAACUGCCAAAGGGCAAGUACGGCACCUCUCAACGUCUGCUUUGGGCACGCGACAGGAGCAAGUCUAUGCUCCUCGCGUGGGGUCUCAAUGGUGAACUCCUCUCGCCGGACCACGGCUAUCCGCUGAGACUAGUCGUGCCUGGACAAAUUGGAGGUAGGAUGGUCAAGUGGCUAGAGACCAUCGAAGUGAGCGAUAAAGAGUCGCAAGCCUACCUGCACUUCAAGGACAACAAGGUGCUACCCGCCUCGGUGUCUGCGGAUGAGGCUCGUUCUGAGGAAGGAGAGCACUGGUGGACAGAUCCAAAGUAUAUCAUCAACGAGCUCAACACAAACGCCUCCAUUACUGUCCCAAAUCACGAUACGACAAUACCUCUUCCAGCUGAGGGAGAGGACGACACUGCCAUGACAAAGAUCUGUGGAUACGCAUAUACUGGCGGUGGUCGCCGUGUUCACCGAGUGGAGCUGUCAUUGGACGACGGUGCAACUUGGGAGUACCCAGCCAAGCUCAUCUAUCCCGAAGACAAGUACCGCGAGAUGCCACUAAAGAAGCACCCCUUCUACGGCACCCUCGACCUCAGCGAGACGGAAAUGUCCUUCUCGUGGUGCUUCUGGGAGCACGAGAUCAAGGUCUCCCGUCUCAGAGACUCUCCUGCUAGCUGCCUCUCCCUGCGUGCCACCGACGAGUCACUACAUGCCAUGCCCGACCGUCUGAUCUGGAAUGCUUACGGUAUGAUGAACAAUUGUCACUUCCGUGUCGGUAUCCACAACGAGAAUGGCAAGCUGAGGUUCGAGCACCCCACCCUGGCUGGUAAUGCCACUGGUGGAUGGAUGGGCAGGGUCAAUGAGGAGGGAGGAGACCCCCGCCACCCCAUCUUCAACGAGGCCGCGGCUGCUGCAGCGAACACUGCCGACAAACCCAAGAAGGAAAAGGUGGACGUGCAGGCUAUGAUGAUGAAGGACGAGAAGAAGGACAUCAUCAUCACUGCCGAGAUGCUCAAGGAGCAUGCCAACGAAGACACGCCCUGGUUCAUCGUCAAUGGUCACGUCUAUGACGGCACGCCCUUCCUCAAGCUGCACCCAGGUGGUGGCGAGUCGAUCACACUCGUGGCUGGAGAAGAUGCCAGUGAAGACUUUAUGGCCAUCCACUCGAUGGACGCCAAGCGCCAACUGUCCGAGUUCCACGUCGGCAAGCUCGCAGAAGGCGCUCUGGAGGGUGCUGCCGACGUCGUGGAGGGCGCAGAGCCGUCCAAGGUGUACCUCAAUCCCAAGCAAUGGAAGAAGAGCAAGCUCAUCAGCAGGACAGAAAUCUCCCACGAUUCGCGUAUCCUACGCUUUGGUCUGGACUACCCAGAGCAGGAGCUGGGUAUGCCCACGGGUCAGCACGUGUACAUGCGUGUGAAGCCUGAAGGCAGUGAAGAGGUAAUCCAGCGUGCCUACACUCCCUUCUCUGACAAUUCCCUCAUCGGUGCCAUCGACAUUCUCAUCAAGGUGUAUAUGCCCACCAAGGACUUCCCCACGGGAGGUAAAAUGACUAGUGUCCUCGAGAAGAUGCAAGUAGGCGAUGAGUUGGAACUCAAGGGUCCGCUCGGUGGCUUCACUUUCAUGGGCAAGUCAAUGGUGAGGUGGAAGGGCAGGGAGCGAAAAGUUCGCAAGAUGGCCCUCAUCUGUGGUGGAUCCGGUAUUACCCCCAUCUGGAGCACCAUCAAGGGUCUCAUCGACUGUGAAGAGUCCAAAGAGACAGAGUGCUGGAUGCUAAACGGUAACCGUACAGAGGCAGACAUUCUCGCAAAGGAGCACAUCGAUGCCCUCCGGGAGCGCUUCCUGGAACAGGGCAGACGCUUUGACAUCUGGCAUGUCCUGUCGGGCAAGACGGCCGACGACUGGAACGGGGGUAGAGGAAGGAUCAAUGUCGAUUUGAUGAAGAAGCACCUCCCGCCCCCGCCAAAGAAGAGGGAGAGCGACGAUGAGGAGCUAGAGGACACGCUGGCCCUCGUCUGUGGUCCUCCGGCGAUGGAGCACGCCGUCAAGGAGGGACUGGCAGAGUGCGGGUGGGACGUACCCAACACCGUCGUCUUCUUCUAG